CAUGCCCACUGUCCGUCCUUCUCUUUCUCUCUCUAGGGUUCUCAAAAUGGGAUCGGGAGAUUUUGCCGCGCUCAUGGCGGCAAUCGUCGUCUUCUUGGCGGCGAUCUUGCCGUUCACUGCCGGGGAAGCCGUCCCCAACUCCUUUUCUAGCUUCGAGUGGCAGCCUCUCUCGAGGAGCAACUUCUCUUCGGAGAUCCGAGCCCACCCCCAUGUCCUCCUCCUGGUCACCGUUCCCUGGUCUGGCGAGUCCCGAACACUUAUGGCGGAGAUAAGACAGAUAGCAACACAAAAGCAUGAAAAGUUCAGCCAACUAAAGUUGAUGUUUGUUUACAGAAAUACUGAAAAGACGUUGGCUGAUCUUCUUGGUGCAGCCAAGGGAAUAUCAUUCAUUUGUUAUCACCAUUCUGUGGCAUUCAAAUAUCAAGGGAGACUUCGGGCUUGGAGUCUACUGAUGUCUGCUUACCAUCUUAUGUUGCUUCCUCCUGCUGAACCACCGUUUAGACAGUUGAAUACUGUUAAUGAACUGCAAGCAUUUCUCCAAUCAACUGAUAAAGCAGUUCUUCUCUUUGAGUUCUGUGGGUGGACACAAAUGUUGCUGGCAAAACAGCAGGCUGGUCUGUCUGAUGAAAGGGGAACUGGUCUAAGAAAUUUGUCAAGCUUUCCACUAAUGUCGAGUGAAGAUACUGAUGGAGAUCAGCAUAUAACAAAUGUAUUCACUGGAAGGGAAGAGCAGAAGGGGUCAAACAAUGCUCCGCUAACCUGUGGGGUCGCAAAUGGGCAAAAUGGAAAUGAUUGGCUCGACGAGUUCACAUUCACAAGUAUGAAUAAUUCUUCAGUUGGAGCUGGAACUGGAGGGAAUGGUCCAAACAUUUCAUGUAGACGUGCUGAAUUUCAACGAUAUGAAUCUUUUUUCUCCAAGCUAGUGACAGUUGCACGAGAGAAUUUUCUUCCACCAGAUAAGUUAAGAUAUGGUAUAAUCUCAAGGAAAGAUUUGCUUUGGAAUUUGGGCAUCAAAGACGAGGCAACUUGGCUACUGUUACUUCAUUUCAUAGGAUGCCCAAACUGUUCAAAGAUGCUUAAGGAUGGGGAUGACCUUAGCAGCAUCUUGUUAAUGCGCCAUCCCCUUAUGAUUGAGCUGGAAGACAAGGGACACAGUUUGGAACCUGCAUUGCCUUUAAACAGACCAUCGAUUGUUCUGUUUGUUGAUAGAUCAUCAGAGUUAUCAAAGGUUCGCAAAAGGAGUGAAGCGGCCCUUAAAAUAUUACGGAAGUUCGCAUUGGAGAGUCAACCAGGAUUCCAGAUGGCAGAUGGAAUAAAUAAGGCCAGUAAACGGCUUCUGGAACAGAUUAUUCCCCAAAAGAAGAGGAUAUUCCCAGCUUCGUCUAAACUGGUGGUUGAUGUCUCACAAGCUCCAGUAUCAGUGGAUUCCGUACUGAGGAAGGAUGGAAAUGUGAGAUUGGAUAAGGUUGACGCUCAUGGACAAACUGCAUAUGAGUUUUUGCUGGGCCUUUUGGGACAGAAUAAUCCGUCCUUGGUGGGUGAGCAGGUUGGAAUGAAGGUGCUACCUGACUAUAGAAGGAUCCAAAAUCAAAUACAGGAGUCUCAAAGGGUGGAAGUACUAGUAAGGCCUAUUGACAAGCAAAGUAUUCAUCAACAGAAUCCUGAAUUAUCCAAUAACAUAGGAACAGAAGAAGUGGGGAAACAGGUUGAAGCCGCUGGUGUCAAUGAUGCUGCUUAUAUAGAUUCUACCACCUCUAAUAAUGAGGACACCCGGUUGAACCUCUUUGGAUCAAUCUUAGAGAUUUUGGAAGAUCAAAUCAUGGAUGCAGAUGAGAAAACUAUCCUUGAAACUUUCAAGAAAAAUGUGAGACUUGCUGGCUUUUCCUCUUCUUUUAUUGAUUGCAAUGAUCAAAUUUCCAACGUCAGAUAUGCAACACUCCGACAGCCAGACAUUUGUCCUAUCAAAACCAUAAAGGGUUUUAUUUGUGGUCAUCCUACUGUGAAUCCAGAAGAUUAUCUGGUGGUAGCAAAAAGCUUUGAUGGAGUAGACAGCUUAGAGAAACUGCAAAGGCAUGAUUUCAAGUUUGAUGCUUCUUUUUUCUUUUCUGAUGGUGGAUAUUUGUCACUCAAAUCUAUGACUGGAGAGACAAAGGUCCCGUCUUUGAUCAUUGUGGAUCCUAUAAAGCGACAGCAUUAUCUGUUUCCGAGAGAUUCUUCUUUCAGUUAUUCUACACUAAUUGAUUUUAUUAACAGUUUUCUUAAUGGAAGCCUUGUUCCAUAUGAACGUUCUGAAACUCCUCUGUCAACUCCACUGGAAGUGCCAUAUCCAACAUUAGUGAAUCAAAAAAGCCACCAGGCUUGUUCAAUCCCUUUCAUCAGUGCAAGAGAAUUUACAGAUAAAGUGCUAGGUGAUCACGAUUGUGAAAUUGAGGUUGCAGAAUCAUGUGCUGGCACUCAGCUGGAUUUUUGUUUAUGUAAAAAGGAUGUAUUGGUGCUUUUCAGCAAUUCUUGGUGUGGAUUUUGCCGACGAAUGGAACUAGUUGUUCGUGAAGUCCAUCAUGCUUUCAAGGGUUAUGUAAGCAUGCUGCAGAACAGAAAUAAGUUGGAAACUGGUACAUUGAUUGGUGUACCAUCAUUUCUACGUAUGGACUGCACUCUUAAUGAAUGUGGUUCAAUUCUAAAACCAGUGCAUCAGGGUGAAUUAUAUCCAUCUUUGAUGUUAUUUCCAGCUGGUAAAAAGAGCGGCAUCUAUUAUGAGGGAGAAAUAUCAGUGUCUGACCUUAUUGAAUUUAUUUUUUCUUAUGGAAGUAAUACUCAUCUUAUUUCUGGAAUGGAAGGCAUUUUAUGGAAAAGAACAUCAAAAUUAGUGAAGACAAAGAACUCUUCUUGGUAUUCUUCCUCCGAACCAAGUGAGGCCUAUGUGCAUUCAAACAAGAGGCAACGACUGGAAGUCUUGCUAAAACGUGAUCAACCUGUUGAAAAUCAGCAGAAUCUUGCUGAUUUGCCUACAUCAGGAGAGGCAUAUGAUGGGAAACAUGUACACAUUGGUUCAGUUCUUACUGCCAGUGACAAGAUCAACAUUGUGCCACCAUUUGAUAAGUCUAAGAUUGUCAUUGUGAAAGUGGAUCAGGACAAAAGUUUCCUUGGGUUGAUGAUCAAUAAGCAGCUAAAGUGGGAUGUUCUUCUUGAUCUGGGCCACGAUGUAGAAUUACUCAGAGCUGCACCAUUGUUUUAUGGUGGGCCAGUAGUUGUUCCAAAUGCUCCUCUUGUUAGCCUGACUCGAAAUCCUCCUAAUGAAGGAUACUCAGAGAUAUUGCCUGGUCUAUUUUUUGGUGAUCAAUCUGCUACAGGUGGAGUUGUAAAGAUGAUUAAAUCUGGAAGUCAGUCUGCCUCGGACUUCUGGUUUUUCUUGGGCUUUGCGAGCUGGGGAUGGGAGCAGCUUUACAAUGAAAUUGCUCAUGGAGCAUGGCAUCUUAUCGAUAACCCGGACGUGCAAUUGCAAUGGCCAGAAACAUGAGCAGCGCUUCAGUAGCGGUUGGAAGGGAAACCCACUAAAAAAGCGUUUGCUUCAUGGAAACUGUGACUUGACCCAUAGUACCACCUGGUGAAGUUAUACGUAAUCAACACGACGAAGCUUCCCAAUUUUGCUGGAGGAUUGGGCCACUCAGAUUCAUUUGAAAGGGUGGAAAACAUGUUUGUUUAACACAUGCAUCAUUUAUUCUUGUCAUGGUUCUGUAUCAGUUUGUUCCGAUAAAUUUAUUUUUCCUUUUUUUUUUUCCAGUAGUUUAUAUGCUUCACUUUGUGUUGUCAAAUUUUGGUCCUUCCCUUUUAUCUGGUAAGGAUUAGUUUUAAAUUCAGUGACAAAGGCUUAUGCUAAAAUUUUUGUUAAAAAUAUUGGCUCUUAUCUA